UGAUGGAAUAUCUGCUAGUAUCAGAUAGACUAUAUAAGUAAGAAGUAGCUAUCAAGAAACUCAAAUAUCUAAACUGCAGAAUCGUAUCCUGUUAGACACAUUCAAAAUCAAUUCCACCCCCCUAAUGUAUAUCCCAACACCACCGUUACAAGUACAACAAAGUGUAAUCUCAGCUAUGGACCCUCGUAACCUUCUUGGGCCUCUUCACCUCCUCUCUUUCUCGAGCCUACUGGGGACACAACUCUACCAAACCUUCUUAGUUACCAAGAUAUGCUACACGAGCCUCCCUCGUAGCGCUUUCACCACUCUCCAGAAGCGCCUGUUCCCAAUCUAUUUCCGCAGUCAAUCAUUACUAUUACUGUUGACUAUCGUCACGAUCCCAUCCCGGGGCCCACUUACUCUCGUCGCCAACAAGACUGCCUGGAUCCCCUUCGCCAUCGCUGGUGCGACGGCGACUCUGAAUUGGUGGAUUUACGGCCCGCGGACCCGGGAAUUGAUGAUAGAAAGAGUUCACCAAGAGACACGAGAUGGAAUGCAGAAAAAGAAUAUGAAUGACAGUGGGAAUGCCGAUGACGACGCCUUAUCUGAGACUCUCAGUCCUGAGAUGCAGCGUAUACGUCGGUCGUUCUCGCGCAACCACGCUAUGAGCAUUCACCUCAACCUGUUGACCAUCGGCGCCAUGCUGUGGUGGGGUUAUAUGUUGGGUUCGAGCCUGAAAUUGGACUUGAGGUAGUAUGUAACACGGCUUAGACAACAGCUGUUGGGACUGCACUGGGUGAUACUCCAACUAGCUGUGUUUCCACCUUCUCUCAUUUAGACUACAAGUUAAGUGAAAGGAAAUACACUACACAUGGAAAUCGGUAGUUGUACGUUAUUGGUAGAGGUCCUUUUCCUUCAACUUUCGUUACCUAGUUAGACAAGUUGUAUCA